AAUAUGACUUUGUGACAGUUGCAUUCCCUAGAUAAUAGCAUUUAUUAUUUGUAUGAUUACAUUUAUAUAAAAAAUAAUAUUCAUUGAAUUUUAAAAUAAUACAUAAUAAUUUAAAAACUUUUUGUAAACUAGCUUGUUUAUAAACUAAAUUUAUUAUUUAUUUUUUUAUUUUUAUAAAUAUAUUCUUCUAUCUGUUGAAACAAUUUUUAUUUUAUUAAAUAUUUUUUUUGUAUUUUCUUUUGUUUUUUAUUAUAUUUAUAUAUAUAUAUAUACAUUAUUUUGUAAAAAAACUUUUAAAUAUUACAUAGGGAAUUCAAUACGAAUGAGAAUAGUUUGACUGAAUAAUAAUGACUUAGAUACAUCUAGAAUAGAAUACCAUUCGAUUAUAUUUGAUCAUUAUCACUUUUACUUUGUUUAUAACCUUUACUUAUUAAAUUAAUAAUGAUAUAUGAUAUUUAAUAUAUAAUUUGAUAUUUAAUAAUAAUUUUUAUUUCGUGCAUAAUUUAAAAUUAUUAUUGUUAUACUGACAUGUCGUUAACUAUCGAAAAACAAAUUGAAUUAUUGUUAACUGGUCAUCCUUUAGAAAUUGAUGAUAUGCAUGAAAUCAUCCAUACCGCACAAAAUGAAAUAGGAGAAACAGGAGUAUCUAGUACUUAUAUACCAAUUUGUCAAAAAACUGUAACAUAUAUUGUUGCUGCAGUAAUAAUAAAUAAUCAAGGAGAAAUAUUAAUGAUGCAAGAAGCUAAAUCUAAUUGUAAUGGAAAAUGGUAUUUACCUGCUGGUCGAGUUGAACCUAAUGAAAAUUUAUUAGAUGCUGUUAAAAGAGAAGUUUUAGAAGAAACAGGACUUAUAUUACAACCAGAAACAUUGAUAUUAAUAGAAUGUGCAACUGGUUCAUGGUUUCGAUUUGUAUUUACUGGCAAAAUAAUUGGUGGUAAAUUGAAAACAUUAGAAGAAGCAAAUAAAGAAUCAUUACAAGCAUGUUGGAUAAGUAAUAUAAAUGAUUUAACACUCAGAUCACAUGAUAUUGUAUCUUUGAUAGAAAGAGGUAAACUUUAUAUGAAUAAAGAUGUUUCACAACAUCCAAAUUUAAUGCCAAUUAGUACACCAUUAAACAAAUUAUUAUUACGACUAAUAAUCACCUCAAAGAAAAGAGCAACGAAUAAAUUGCAUAUUCUUGUAUCAAAUGCAAUGCCAUUUCAUUUACCAAUUUGUGAGAUUAAUCCAAAUCGCAAUCUUCUUUCAACUCUACAUAAUUUUAUGAAGGAAUUAUUUGGAAAUGAAGUAGCACAACAUAAACCACAUGGAGUAGUUUCUCUAGAAUUUAGUGGAGGACAAGGAGGAGAUGGACUUUGUUUAACAUUAUUAGUUUCAUUUAAGUUACCUGUGGAAAAUGUACCUGCUAAUGAAAAAUUUAUUUGGUACGAAUUGCCCGAAAAUCUUGCUACGAGUAUCACUCAUCGAUUACCGCGAAAUAUGACCGUGCCUUUAAGUGUAAUACGAUAAUCAAAUAUAUAUAAUCUAAGUGCACAUUA